AUGGGCUAUGAUGAGGAAAACGUCAUCAUCCAAGACCACAUCUAUGUGGCCUUUGACUCCAAGGCCCCGCGUGGGCUGAGGAUCAUGAAUAACCCGUCCGUGGAGAGGAAACACGUCGACCCUGGCAAGGGACACGUGGCUUCGGAGUUCUGGACUGUUGCCUCGGGCAAACAAAUCGAAUGGACGCUGAAGGAGAACAGCUCCAAAAUCCAGGCAAAGAAACGGCCAAAGAUGCCCCUGAGCGGGCAGAACACAUCCAUCGAAGACAUUGGAAAGACAACUUCGACAACCGACAAUUCUAAAGAUGGCACACCGAAACAUGCCAACAUCUUUGAAACGCUCUUAGCUCGUAUCCAUGAGUCUCUCCAGCAACUCCAUGACCAAGACGAACAGACAAACCGGAGCCAGUCAGGCGCAAAAGACGCUCCCACAACCACUUCUAGCACUUCCCCUUCAGCGCUGUCAGUACCUCCUGAAAACCCCCGAUUGUCCGAUUCUUCAGUUGUCCCUACGACCGCGAACUUCACCAAGCCCUGUCGCAAGAACAGGAAGAGGAUUACCAAGCGCAGGUACCCCUCGCCGGUCCCAGUCAGAGGCACCAAGGCAGAACGCCUGCGCGAAUACCUCAAGUACUUCCCCAAACGCCCCUCUCCCUGCUCUUUCAAUCACUCUAGCAGCUCCCAAAGUCCAUCAAGCUUGGAGAGCAGAAGCGUCACUUCGGAGGUAUUGCCCGAGGCCGAAGACGACUUGGACGAUCACUAA